AGCCCAUUAUCCGGCCCAACUUAGGCAGCCCAUUUAAAAUAUUUCACGGCGCACAUUAGCAGAGCCUUUACCCCUCAGAAAUCCAGAAUGGCGUCCCUCUGCAAUCUCGCCAUCCUCCCGCCCGCGUCGUUUCCCGCCAAAAAGCCAGUCGCCGGCGGCGCUGCUAUCCUGCGCACUCCUCCGCAAUUCCUCGCCGCGAGAAAACUCUCUUCAGUAAUUCGGAAAGCUAUCCAAUCUCAGAGUCGGGAGAAGUACGUCUAUCCUGACCCCAUCCCUGAAUUUGCAGCUGCCGAGACGGAGAAGUUCAAAGCUGAAUUGCUGAAGAAGCUGUCGAAGCAGAAGGAAACCUUCGGCAACGAUCUUCGAAUGGUUGUCGAUGUUUGUGCAGAGAAAGUAGCUGAGGUCAUUACCUGAUUGUUCUUCUUCGCCAUUGCAGAUGCUCCCGCCUCGUGCUCAGAACUGGUAAUUAAGCCCUAAUUUCAAUACCUAAGAGAGCUUAAACGCAAAGCAAAACCUCUGCUGUUGUCAUAAGUUGGGAUUUACUAUAAAGAUUAGUAUUAUUUUACUAUUAUUUGAGUUCACAAAAAGUCUACAGCUUCGAAGUGUACGAAUUAUGUGUUUAUUAUCUAUGUUAGAGCAUCCGCAUCGCUUUACACGAUAGCGAUGCGGCCUACUCGAGUAGAGGCGGCAUCGUGUAGGGCGAUGCAGCCCCCCUUUACACAAGGGCUACACGUUCUAACGUGUAGCCCGAUAGCCCCUUAAAAUCAGGCGCGUGUGAAUUAAAAAAAUAAAAAUAAAAUAAAUUCGAAUUUGAAUUAAUUGGCAGCUUUGACUGUCUCGGUUUGCGUGCCAUUUUUUGACAGUUCGAUUUUUUUUUCCCUCUUCUUUAUCUUCUCUUUUCCUUCUUCUUCUUCCUCACUUUCUUCCUUUCUUCCUCUUUCUACAAUUUUCAUGGAUCCACACAACCCAAAUUACUAUGAUUUAAAUUGGUGCCCCGAUCUAUCCGGCGACUAUCAUCCCGAUUUGGAGGGAUGUAAUGUAACUUGGGGGAUGAUCCUCCAACCGGCGAGGAGACACCUUCGGCAGCCCAUAGUUCCGCCAAACCGAAGAAAGGCAGCCGGAGGAAGGAAAUCGCCCACAAGAUCCGGCAUGACAGGCAGGCGCCGGUGGCGGAGGAGGAGGAGGAGGAGGAAGGAGAAGGCGGCAAGCUCCGAGCAAUCAUCGGAAUACAAAGAGGCAUUGGAGCGGUCCGACCAGAACUUGAAAAAAAUCACCGCCGAGUACGCCAAGAAGAACGAGCUCAUGGAGAGGGAGCUCGAUAUGCAGCUCCUCAGUUUGGAAACGACGCAUAUGAGCGAUGCACAAAGGAUGACCCACGAGCACAUGGUCCAAGAAAUGCUCAAGCGUCGUGGACUUAUCUAGAGUAAGAUUUUAAUUUAUGUAAUUUUAAUUAUGUUUUUAAUUUUUUAAAUUUUUUUAUGUAAUUUUUAGGCUUUUUAGUUUAAUGGAAUUUUAA